GCGGAAGCCGAGGCGGCUCGCGGGCCCCGCCCCCUGCUCCAUUGGGACUCGCGCGCGAAGGAGGGGCGGAGCUUCCUGUGACCUUUCACCCCAGCAUGGCUGCGCCCGUGGGACCGGUGAGGUUCUGGCGACCCGGGACCGAGGGGCCAGGUGUCAGCAUCUCUGAAGAGAGGCAGAGUCUUGCCGAAAACUCAGCGACAACCAUCGUUUACAACCCACACGCCACCCUUUCCAUUGAACAGCAGAGGCAGAAGCUACCAGUGUUCAGGCUUAGGAAUCACAUAUUGUACUUGAUAGAAAACUACCAGACGGUGGUGAUUGUUGGAGAAACAGGAUGCGGGAAGAGCACGCAGAUUCCACAGUACCUGGCAGAAGCUGGCUGGACGGCUGAAGGAAGGGUCGUGGGCAUCACCCAGCCUCGUAGAGUGGCCACCGUCACAGUUGCAGGGAGAGUGGCUGAGGAAAGGGGUGCAGUGCUGGGCCACGAGGUGGGCUACUGCAUCCGCUUCGAUGACUGCACGGACGCGCUGGCGACAAGAAUUAAGUUUCUGACUGACGGAAUGUUGGUCAGGGAAAUGAUGGUUGAUCCACUGUUAACAAAGUACAGUGUCAUUAUGCUGGAUGAAGCCCAUGAGAGAACCUUGUACACUGACAUUGCCAUUGGCUUGCUGAAAAAGAUUCAGAAAAAACGAGGGGACCUGCGCUUGAUUGUGGCCUCAGCCACUCUGGAUGCGGAGAAAUUUCGAGAUUUCUUUAAUCAGAAUGAGACCAGUGACUCCACUCGGGACACGUGUGUGAUCCUUACUGUGGAAGGGCGGACGUUUCCAGUGGAUAUCUUCUACCUGCAGAGUCCUGUUCCAGAUUAUAUCAAAUCAACGGUAGACACUGUGAUGAAAAUUCACCAGACAGAGGGAGAUGGAGACAUAUUAGCAUUUCUUACCGGCCAGGAAGAGGUGGAAACCGUCGUGUCUCUGCUGAUCGAGCAGGCUCGCGCCCUCGGCCGGACGGGGAUGAAGAGGCACCUCCGGGUGCUCCCCAUGUACGCGGGGCUGCCUUCCUUCGAGCAGAUGAAAGUGUUCGAGAGGGUGUCACGCAGUGUCAGAAAGGUGGUCGUGGCCACCAACGUGGCAGAAACCUCCAUCACCAUCAGUGGGAUUGUGUAUGUGAUUGACUGCGGCUUCAUGAAACUCCGCGCCUAUAACCCCCGGACAGCUAUUGAGUGCCUGGUGGUCGUGCCCGUGUCCCAGGCGUCAGCCAACCAGCGCGCGGGCCGCGGGGGCCGCAACCGCUCAGGGAAGUGUUAUCGUCUUUAUACAGAGGAAGCCUUUGAGCAGCUGCCCCAGUGCACGGUUCCGGAGAUGCAGCGGAGCAACUUGGCCCCUGUCAUCCUGCAGCUGAAGGCGCUGGGCAUCGACAACGUCCUCAGGUUCCACUUCAUGUCACCCCCUCCAGCACAGUCGAUGGUUCAAGCAUUGGAGUUACUCUACGCUCUAGGAGGUUUGGACAAAGACUGCCGUCUAACCGAACCACUCGGCAUGCGAAUCGCAGAGUUUCCUCUGAAUCCCAUGUUUGCAAAGAUGCUGCUUGAAUCAGGAACUUUCGGCUGCUCACAGGAAAUCUUGAGCAUCGCUGCCAUGAUGCAGAUCCAGAAUGUCUUUGUGAUCCCCUCCAACCAGAAGACUCAGGCAAUGCGCGUGCACCGACGGUUCGCGGUGGAGGAGGGGGAUCAUCUCACCAUGCUCAACGUGUACGAAGCCUUCAUCAAACACAACAAGAGCUCGCAGUGGUGCCAGGAGCAUUUCUUGAAUUACAAGGGUCUUGUGAGAGCUGCAACCGUGCGGGAACAACUGAAGAAGCUUCUCAUCAAGUUCCAAGUGCCCAGGAACUCCAGCGAAGGUGACCCGGAUCCUGUCCUGAGGUGCAUCGUGGCGGGAUUCUUUGCCAACGCGGCGAGGUUUCAUUCUACAGGAGCUUACAGGACCAUCCGUGACGACCACGAGCUCCACAUCCACCCGGCCUCCGUCCUCUACGCCGAGAAGCCCCCUCGCUGGGUCAUCUACAACGAAGUCAUACAGACCUCCAAGUACUACAUGAGGGACGUGACCGCCAUCGAGUCGGCGUGGCUGUUGGAGCUGGCGCCACACUUCUACCAGCAGGGAACGCACCUGUCCCUGAAAGCGAAAAGGGCCAAACUCCAGGACCAGUGAGCAAAGCCUGACCAACGGCUGUGGGGGCCACCCGACCACCCAUCUGCUUCCCAGGACUCCUUCCCACCCUUCGCUCCCGCCCACCGCGCUGGGGUCCUGGAAGGCGCGUGCAUGUCCGGCCAGGCGGGGCGGGGGCCGUCCGCUGCUCAGCCGCUCGCCCAUCCCCCCAUGCCUCUCUGCGGCCCGGCUCUGUGGGCAGCGACGAGAGACCCAUCGCGGACACUGUGCCAGGCUGGGGGCAGGGCUGGCCCAACUGGCGGGGCUGGCCGAGUGACCCCAAGGGUCGGUGGCAGGUGGGAACACGCAUGUGCCCACCGCGACCCAGACCCCGGAACCCCCCAGCCUUUCCCCGCUGCCCACAUCACUGUUUCGUGGGCCUUGGUGACCCCCGCCGGGGCCCUGUUCUUCAUUAGCAAUAAGGAGUUUUCUAUCCCACAAGUGGCUUCCUCUCCACAGCGGGACCAAGCUCCGACGCUACCAGCUGAGCGCCGGGGUGGCCCCCAGCUCCUACCGCAGCCCCCCCUGGGGGGGUGGCCCGCGCAGCGCAGAGGCCCAGCGCUUC